AACAUUGACAUGCGUGCGUAUCAUUUGCUUGUUGAAAAGCCUGUAGAUUUUGCAGACUUACUGUUCUCCCUUAUCUUUUAGUCCCCGAUCUCCGUCGGCUCUUCUGUGACCGGGCAAACGUCAUGGUGGGCAGCAACGAGUAGCGCGAGAUGCAGAGGGUCGCGGUGAUCACCGGAGCCAACAAGGGGAUCGGCCUCGAGAUCGCCCGGCAGCUGGCGCUCCAUGGCGUCACCGUGGUGCUCACGGCGAGGGACCAGAAGAGAGGCGCCGGCGCGGUGGAGUCGCUCCGCGGGAGCCACCAAAUCCCCAACGUCGUGUUUCACCAGCUCGAUGUUCGAGACGAAUCGAGCGUCGGAGCGUUGGCCGAGUUCGUCCGAACCCAGUUCGGGAAGCUCGACAUCUUGGUGAACAAUGCAGGGGCGUCAGGGAUUUCGGUUGAUGUCGAAGGACUGAAAUCUCUCGGCAUCGAUCCAGAGGCCUGGCUCUCCGGGAAAGCUACCAACCUCGUCCAGGGAGUGCUGCGCCAGACCUACGACGGCGCAGUGACGUGCUUCGACACCAACUACUACGGCUGUAAGCGAGUGACGGAGGCGCUCCUUCCUCUGCUGGAGCUCUCAACCUCGGGCGCCAGGAUCGUUAACGUCUCCUCUCUUAGAUCCGAGCUCAGGAGGAUGCCGAGCGAGAGCAUCAGAGAGGAGCUGAGCGACAUCGACAACUUGACGGAGGAGAAGAUAGAAGGCCUGCUGCGGAGGUUCCUGGAGGACCUCAAGGAAGGGAGGCUGGAAGCGACUGGGUGGCCGAUGAUGUUGCCGUCCUACAGCGUGUCUAAGACGGUGCUCAAUGCCUACACGCGGGUUCUGGCGAGGAGGCACCCCAGCAUGCUCAUCAACUGCGUCCACCCGGGAUACGUGAAGACGGACAUUAACUGGAACACCGGGGUCAUCACCACCGAGGAGGGAGCCAAAGGGCCAGUGAUGCUGGCUCUGCUUCCCACCGACAGCCCGACCGGUUGCUACUUCGAUCAGACCACGAAAGCCGAGUUCUGAUGGGCUCUCUGCUUCUUGUGUUUUGCUAGUUUGUGUCCUUGGGCAUGCAUGCAGAUAACGUGUAUGUUGCUUGGUCAGGUUCACACAUUAUGGCAAUCGAUGCAUCAAUUCUACCAAAUAAAAGACAACUGAGACAUUCAUCUUGAUACAAUUGCAAUAUGACCUGUUCCAUCAAUGAUGAACCAAAGAAUCAUGUCAUGGUCUCAAGAUGUCACAUUAUGCGGUGGCUGCUGAAAGAUCCGCUCGGCAAAUGUGUCGUCAACCAACUCAGAGGAGAAACAAAAAGAGAACCACCUCUUUCUAACAGACUCGGAAGAUAGAACAGGCGGAAGAACCCUAAAAAGGAGAAGCCGGCAAAUCCGGUAACCAGGUGGCAAAAGCAGCGGCAAUUCAUCUCCUGGUAAAUGUUACGAGCAGUUCUACUCUCCUACCGUCAUGCCAAACCCAAAUUUGUAGUCUUUCUUCGAAUGAUCAAUCUGCAACCAUAACAUGAAUUAGUUUAGUGGUGUUCUA